GUAAAAUUGUCUAUGGGGCAGCACUUGCAUCCCUGCGCAGCGGUGUGAGAUACAGGAAUUCUUGCCUUGCCUUGGAAGCUCUUCUUCCCUUCAGAGCAUGGUGGUGUACCUGAAAAAGUCAGCAGAGCCCUAGAGCUGGGAGUCCCCCAGCACCCGAGCCCCGUGUUUCCAUGCUGGUGAAGAUCCCCCUGUCCCACGCAGUAGCUCUGGAGUAAAUCUGGGGAGGUCCUUUAACUGAGCACGUAAAAAGCUUAACUUGAAAAAUCCUCUUUUCCCCUUUGGUUGUUGUCCAUCUCCCUGGCAGCCAGUGGGGCAGCACAGAGCCCAUUCCCUUCCUGCAGUGGCUUUCCUGGGACAUGGAGGGAGUUGGUUUUGGUGGUGGGACCAGUGCUGCUGCUGGGAGCCAUGUUCCGUGCUCUGAGGUGGUUCAUUCGUAACAGAAUGAUGGUUAAGUUGAAAAAACCCAUUGCUUUUUCCGUUGAAUAUUCUCCUCCUGCCUCAAAACACAGCUCCUUUUGACCCAAAGUGUUUGUAAUUGCCUUAAGAUUCUGUUUUGUCUCCUUUUUAAACUGCCUGCUUAAAUGUGCCCCUGAAAUCGAGCCGUCGCCAGCAGCUCAACCUCCUCCAACACCCAAAGCUUCCAGGUUGCAGCUCUGGAAUCAAGUCACCAUGGCUCAAAAUCGCUCCCUGGUUCCACAGGGCGAAGCACGGUGAUGGGGUGGAGGGUGAGGAAGAAGCCUUGUGUUGUUAUUGAUUAUCUUUUUAACCCAUCCUACCUGCAAACGGCCUGUUUCUGCCCCUGAUGGUUUCUGCCUAACAAAUGGUGUUUCUUUUUUACAGCGUUAUGAUCCUGGACUUGUUGUGGUGAUGGUAAACUUAGCAGUGGGAGGACGGAUCCCAUCCCUAUCGUUGUCAAGUAUGAUGUCAUGGGCAUGGGGCGGAUGGAAAUGGAGCUUGAUUACGCCGAAGACGCCACCGAGCGGAGGCGAGUGCUUGAGGUGGAGAAGGAGGACACUGAGGAGCUGAGGCAGAAAUACAAGGAUUAUGUUGAUAAAGAAAAGGCAAUUGCCAAGGCACUGGAAGACCUCAGAGCAAACUUCUACUGUGAACUCUGUGACAAGCAGUACCAAAAGCAUCAAGAGUUUGACAACCACAUCAACUCUUAUGAUCACGCUCACAAGCAGAGGUUGAAGGAUCUCAAGCAGAGGGAGUUCGCUCGCAACGUCUCUUCAAGGUCACGUAAAGAUGAAAGGAAGCAGGAGAAGGCCCUGCGGCGCCUCCACGAGCUGGCUGAGCAGAGGAGGCAGCCUGAGUGUGCUCCUGGAAGUGGCCCCAUGUUCAGAACCACCACGGUGGCUGUGGAUGAGGAAGGUGGAGAUGAUGGUGAUGAUUCUGCAGCCAACAGCAGCUCUUUCAUCCAGUCAACUUCUGGCCAAGCUACAGAGAUGAGUAUGGACAGAGGUUUCUUAAACACUGGACAAGUUGCUGGCACUGUUACACCAAGCCAGAUGCCCAUCCAGGGAGCACAAGCAAUCAGCUUUGGCAUCAAGAGUACUUCGGGAACUCCCCUGCAGAAGAUAGGUGUGUCUUUUUCCUUUGCAAAGAAGACUCCAGUAAAGCUUGAGACCAUAGCUUCUGUUUUCAAGGACCAUGUGGAAGAAUCGAAUGCUGCAGAUGGAGGAAAAGCUGAUGAGAAAGGGUCCUCAGAGGCAGGGAGCCUGCAGAAAUCUGGUGAGGGUGAAAGCACAAAUAACUCUGAUGGCAAGGCAGAGGAAGAUGACCAACAUGACAAAGACAGUGGGUCUCUAGCCACUACUUUGUCAAAACUAAAAAAGAUGAGACGAGAAGAUGGACCAAUGGCAAUUGAACCAGAAUACUACCACUAUAUUCCCCCAGCCCAUUGUAAAGUGAAGCCUAACUUUCAAUUCCUGCUUUUCAUGAAGUCUACUGAGCAAAUGGAAGCUGAAAAUGUGAACAAAAAAGACACCCAUGAAGUGAAAAAGGGUGGUUCUCCAAAGCCCAAACCCAGCAAGCACUUGGAGAAGGCUGCUGAGAGCACGGGGCAGCAGAAGGAGCAGAGCACUACUGAAAGCACAGCUCAGCAGAGCAAAACUGAGCUAAAAGAAGUCCUGGAAAAUGCGAGUGUGCAGGAGAGCAAACAUCUGCCAGAGAGCGACCCCCCUGAGCCAGACGCUGCUAAAGAAGCCCCACAGCCUGCCUCGGGCUGUAAGAAUGUCUCUGAAGGACCAAAGCAUCCCACAGGACCUUUUUUCCCUGUUCUGAGUAAAGAUGAGAGUACGACCCUCCAGUGGCCUUCAGAGCUUCUCAUAUUUACCAAAGCAGAACCGUCGGUUUCGUACAGUUGUAACCCCCUGUAUUUUGAUUUCAAGCUCUCUCGCAAUAAAGAUGGUAAAGGCAAAGGGGCAGAGAAACCCAAGGAGCCAGGGGGACUUUGUAAGGAAAGUGGUCAGAGCACAGAACCUGGUGAGAUGAGCAAAGCCAAGGAGGCAGAAAGCGUAGCCAACAGUUCUGCUCUGAGAAUGGAAACCAACUCUCUGUCCCACUGUGGCUCCCAGAACAAGCAGGAGUGCAGCUUGGUGAGUGUUAGUAAGGGACAGGGAGAAGAGGGUGGUAAAAGCAUAAUGGGGAAGAGCAAAUCUGGCAGGUCCCAUAAACACAAAAAGAAAAAGAAGCACAAAAAGUCCAGCAAACACAGACGGAAACACAAGGAGGAGGCUGAUGAGAAGGGCCGGAAAACUGACCUGGGGGAAGAGAAACCCAAGAAACGGAGAAGACACCGGCACAAAAAAGGCAAGUCCUGUCUUUCAACUGAAUCGGAGCGGGCCCUGAAAACGGAACUGGCCGAGGAGUGUGGGCACUGCCCGAGGAGAAAGCGGUGCUCCCAGGAGUCCCAGAGGAAGUCUCUGUCUGCGGAAGAGGGAAGCAGCGGUAAGAAAGAGGAUGGAGGUAACUCCUGUCCGGAGCACUGCAGCAGGAGGCACAGGGCUGGCCCGCAGCAGUUCCCCGCUCCAAGACAGCGCUGUUCAGGCCCUGCUCCGGGCAGGGCCGCCCGCAGGAGCCGGCAGAGCAGCGGGGACUACGACAGCGAGGAGGGCUCCCCCGGGAAGCGCUGCCGGCAGGAGUCCCCCUCGCACUACAGCGAUGAGGAUGACUCCGGCAGCGAGCGGUCCCGGAGCCGCUCCCGCUCCGAGCGCAGGCGCUCCUCCCGCGGGUCCUACUCCUCCAGCUCCGAGGGCUCCUCAGACCACAGCCGCUACAGCCGCCACAGCCGGCGGCGGAGCUACUCAGAGGACAGCUACAGCGAUUACAGCGAGCGGUCAAGGUGCCACUCAGAGCGGUCCAAUGACUCGGAGGAUGACUCUGACUACAACAGCUCGAGUCACAGAUCCAAGCGGCACAAGUACUCCUCCUCAGACGACGACUACAGCUCCAGCCGGAGCAGGUCGAGGAGCCGGAGCAGGAGCACAACGCACCCUCGAGGCAGGUCACGCACGAGGAGCCGGGGCAGGACACGCAGCAGCAGCUGCAGCCGCAGCCGGAGCAAGAGGAGGAGCCGCAGUGCAACGGAGCGCAGCUGGAAACGGAGCCGCAGCUACAGCAGGGACCGCAGCCGCAGCGCCAGGAGCCACUCCCAGAGGUCCCUGUCACGGAAGGGCUCUCGAGGCCAUGAGAGUCCCGAGGAGAGGAGACCUGGGAGGAGAGACUUCAUCAGGUCCAAAAUCUACCGCUCACAGUCUCCACACUAUUUCCGUACAGGCCGAGGUGAAGGAUGCUCGCUGAAGAAAGAGGAUGGCAAAGGAGAGGAUCUGAAAGGGUCUGGCUCACUCUCCCAAACCAGCAGCGGCUCUGGCACAGGCAGGGCCUCGGAAGGGGAUGGCAGCCAUGAGGAGAGAAACUCUGUCACUGCAAAGCUGCUCCUGGAAAAGAUUCAGUCCAAGAAGGUUGAGAAGAAGCCCUGCAUCCCUGAUGAGAUGCUCCCAGGGGCAAACAAGGUGGGAAUAAAGCUCAAGGAUCCUCCCCAGGGCUACUUUGGCCCCAAACUUCCUCCUUCCUUGGGCAGCAAACCAGUUCUCCCCUUAAUUGGGAAACUGCCAACCGUUCGGAAGCCAAACACCAAACGGUACGAGGAGUCUGGGCUGGAGAGGGGCGAGGAGCAAGAGCUGUCGGAUGUUGAGGAGGUUUCCCAGGGCAUUGAGGAGGCUCAGCUGGGUGGCCAGUCUCUCCUGGAAGAAGUGGUGAUGGUGAUUCAGGACAAGCCUCUGGAUGAGCAGAAACGGGACGAAUCUGCUAUGGAAAUGCGGUCCAUUCCCCUCGAGGCACCGGCGCUCCCCGAGUGCUUCAGGUCUGGAGAUCUGGUUAUGCCACACAGCUUCCUCUCGGAGCCGGGCGAUGGUGAUGGGCUAGAACCUAUGGAUGGGGGCAACCAGCCAGUCCCAGUGGAAACCAGUAUGAUGCCCUUAGUUCCAGAUGUCGAGCACUUUCCUGGCUACGUGCCUCAGGGUGGCGAGCCAAGCAUCGAAGGGGACCGGGAAGGAGAAGAUUCCUCUCUAGCACCACUCGAGAGCCAGCCCAUCACUUUUACACCUGAGGAGAUGGAGAAGUACAGUAAGCUGCAGCAAGCUGCGCAGCAGCACAUCCAGCAGCAGCUCAUGGCAAAGCAGGUCAAGGCCUUCCCAGCCUCAGCAGCCCUGGCUCCGGCAGCGCCUGCCCUGCAGCCCAUCCACAUCCAGCAGCCGCCAGCGGCCUCAGCCACGUCCAUCACCACGGUGCAGCAUGCCAUCCUGCAGCACCACGCUGCUGCUGCCGCCGCCGCCAUCGGCAUCCACCCACACCCCCAUCCCCAGCCCCUCGCUCAGGUUCACCACAUACCCCAGCCCCACUUGACACCGAUUUCCUUAUCCCACUUGACCCACUCCAUUAUUCCAGGGCACCCUGCUACAUUUCUAGCCAGCCACCCCAUCCACAUCAUUCCGGCGUCAGCCAUUCAUCCCGGCCCCUUCACUUUCCAUCCUGUUCCUCAUGCUCUUUAUCCAACCCUUCUUGCCCCGAGACCCGCUGCAGCUGCAGCUGCCACAGCCUUACACCUUCACCCUCUGCUGCACCCCAUCUUCUCAGGACAGGACUUGCAGCAUCCACCCAGUCACGGCACAUGAAGGACAAAAUGAAGUAACCUCGGAGGAAGGAGAAUCUUGUGCAUUUUGGGACGGGGUUUGGAGUUGAUCCAGCUGGGAGGUGAAGCCUGAGAAUUUCUUUUCACUCGUUAGCAGCCAAAGAAGCCAGAGGCUCGAGGGCUGGGGAGCAGCAGGCGGUGGGUCAGCCGUAAGCCUUGUGUAUAUCCACUACCAGGGACCGUGUCACAUCCCCAACACCUCUGCGCACGUGGCAGCACUCUUAGGAGAAUCAUUUCACGUGUAGACCAGCAGGAUGCUUGGAAAGGCUGUAUUUGUUUUCUUUUCCCUAAUUCUCACACUUGACCAUCUCCCUUCUGCCACCUUGUACAUGAUGAAGGAGAUCCCAUACAUGCUUACAGAUCUCUAAAAACCCUUUUAAUGAGGUCAUCGAAUUGAAAGAGCAUGAUUGAAUCCAGCUUGGAAUGGGUGAGAAAAGACUGAGGAACUGGCGGCUGUGGAUGCUGGUGAGGAGGUGAAGGGAAGGACAGGGCCACGCUGGUUUUGGCUGGGCCAGCACCAGCCUUCAGGCAUCACAGGAGGUUCCUGGCUGCCGAUUUUGGGGGGGUUGUCCUCGGGGUGGGCAGCAAAGGUGGAAUUAAGAUCUUACUGUAAAGAGGAAGAGAGGAGCUACACGAGGACCCAGAGCCCCAUGUCCUGGGCUGCAGAGAGGCUCGGGGGUAGUGAUUCCAGUCUGGGUUUGACCACUCUUCUCCUGAGAGGAGGGAAAACAUCUCCCUGACUUCCAGCUCCUGUGGUGUUGGGAGAGAGGAGAAAGUCCCUUUGGGAAUUAAAGCAAUACUGAGGCUUGGGGAGAGUGGCCGGGGUGUGUGAAGUGAAUUCCUCUUUCCUCUGUAAUACUGAUGGUUUCCUUAUUAAUUUAUAGGAUUUUUCUUUUCAAUGUAAAGAAUUGCACUGAACUCUGUAAACAAAGAUGCUGCUUUUUGUAGCUCCUAUAAAAAGGUUACAUUUGUAGUAUAUUGCAAUAAUAUUUUUUACAGCCAGUUCUUUUAGUGGUACUUUGUUCUGGUGGCUUUUGUGUAAAUAGGUUUGCUGUAGGUGAAAUAAGACACUUGGAGAGGUUCCACUUUGGAGUUGCAGCUAGCUGCAGGACGACUUCAGCAUGUAUAGUUUAUUGAGCUCACAUAUUUUUGAAGUUUUUAUGUACCAUAAAAUGUAAAAAAAAAACAACCCAAAAUAAAUAAAAAGACAAUUGAAUCUUCAUUUAGCGUUUUA